AUGUCGACAGGUGAGCUGGCUCGCUUGGUGGUUGUGCCCGUUGUGUGCCCCACCACGACCAAAUUGACAGAGUCCUUCGAUACAGCUGAGCUUGGGAUGGCCAAACGCUUCAGCUGAGCUUGGAAACAUAUGUCACAAGUGUCUGGAUCAUGUCGUAUGGAACCACUAAUCACAAUGGAAAUCGGCCAGGACCGGAAAAUGGAGGCACCGAGUCGGUUCCAAAGCAGACGUUCUCCAUUUCGGAACCGUACCAAACCCACGGCGAUACCACGUAUCUUCGAGGUCACGGCAAGAAAUCCGGAUUCUGUUGUCGGGGCGAGGCUGACGGCCUCAGGGUGAUUGUACUGUCCAUGUUUGUCUUUGCCAUUGGAGUGACGGUGGCCUUAAUGGUCCAGAUCGCGGCAGGGAUAUCACAUGAGCCUCAAGAUACCGAUCAUGCCGUUUCGGAUCAUCCGGUUUGCACCAGAAUUGGCGAACAAGUCCUGGAGAUGGGCGGCAAUGCUGUGGAUUCGGUGGUGGCUGGAUCGAUUUGUUUGGCGGUGGCUGCUCCUCAUUUGACUGGAUUGGGCGGGGGCGGGGUUAUGAUGAUCCACCGACACCGUGACAGUAACAACACCAAAGUCAUUGAUUUCCGUGAAAUGACUCCCAUUAAUGCUCGCAACGACAGAUAUUUAUCCAAUCCGCUUUUGGCCACCACGGGAUUGACUUCAAUCGGGAUCCCUGGAUUUCUCAAAGGACUUGAAUAUGCCCACCAAAAUUACGGGGCCGGGGUGCGGAACUCGCGCUGUUGUACAUGGAGUGAUCUGGUGUAUCUAACCAUCAGGGAAAUGCCCAAUCUAACCGUCUCACAGCACUUUGACAAUGCCACCCAAUCUCGGCUGGGUGCCGCCCAACUAGACAACUAUCCAAGUCUAAAGAGUUUCUUGAAGGGGAAAUCCAUCACUGAAGGCUCCCGAAUGUCAGAUCUGCCAGGAUUUAGCAAUCUCAUGAAUACCCUCAAGGCCGUGGCGUCAGAAGGUGCUGCGGCUCUCUACACGGGUUCCUUGGCUAACCGCACUGUUCAAGCCUUGCACGGGUAUCUGACCCUCGAAGAUUUGGGCAACUACACGGUGGUUGAACGGGAGGCCAUUGCCACUCAAAUUGGCGACUUUCAGAUCUUGGCCACGCCCUCGCCCACCUCCGGACCCCAAACGCUGGCAUUUGUCAAUGCUAUGGAGGAGUACAAUCGCCGCUAUGGGUCACAUGGGAUUGAUAUGAACUUUCUGAACAAUAUUACCAUGGUUUUGCAACGAACAGAGAUGUUCCAAUUGGGUCUGGGGGAUCCUAGUGGAUAUGAGGACCAUUUGGUGGAGAAUCGAUCCGAUUGGUUGACCGACAAGGCCAAUGUACACAAGUUCUUGAAUAGCGUUGAAGGCUCGAAUGUGGGCUUCGAAUCUUUAUACCCGAUUUCCGAGGCCGUUGGUGCCAACAUGGUUGCCAUGGACAGGAUGGACAACUACGUAUCCGUGGUGACCUCCUUGAAUACGUGGUUUGGUUCAAAAAUAAUGACCGCCGAUGGAAUCAUUUUCAACAACGCCCUCGCCAACUUUGCCAUUCACGAAGAAAACACCCCCGAGUUGAAGACGGCCAACCAGAUGUCGGUCUUUAAGCGGCCUUUGACGAGUAACGUCUUGGCCUUGGUCGUGAAUUCCAAGCGCAUUUGUGGAUCUCGCUUCGUUCUAGGCGGUUCCACUCCCGAUGCAGUGGGUGGGGUUGUGGCCGAUGUGACCGUAUUCGGGUCUGACUUGUCCACCGCCCUCAAUGAGGGGCGUAUUUUGGUCUCAGGCAAUCAGAUUCUGAUGGAGAACGCUUUCGAAGGUUUCGAUGACAAAAUCGUGGAAACGUUCCAUCGCGGGGACAACGUGUCCUUUGUGGAAUUGCCGUUUACGACCGUGAAUGGGAUUGAAAAGUAUUUAGACAAUGUUUUGCCAAGUCACGAUAUCCGAGGCUAUCCUGAGCCCUUACCGGUGUGAUGAGAUAGCCUACUCAGUUUUUCUUUGACUCUCAAACCUGUCAGAUGUUAUGCAGAGAUCUAAAAUAUAUCACUUAUUUACCAUUAAA